AUGACUCGUCCAGCAUUGAUGUGUCGCAACGCUGCCACUGGCAAAAUUGGCUCCCUCUCUCAUAAGUGCCAGGAGUGCGGUAAGCAGGCCACGUCCGAAUGUCUCAAGAAGGGGCACGUCGCGUACUGCAGUGCUCCCAAGAACAACAAAGCCGGGUUCUGUGGCAUCCGCUUCAACGUCAAGAGUAGAGGAGGUUGUAUGGAGCAUCCGUAUCAUGAGGGCUUCAACCGGGAAAUCGUGAAGGAGCGUCGAGCUAAGGAUCCAGACUUCAAGACUGACUAUGAGCUUGAGAUGGACGCCAAGACCAGGGCUGAAGAGAAAGCCGCUGCCGAGGAAGUUGAGGAGCGUCUGUACAACACGGACUGGUCUAAACCCCAGUUUCACGCCAAGGCCACGCCAAAGCAGAAAAUGAACAACAAGCAGGGUAAGAAGCAGCCAUUGGCUAAGCAUAUCGCCCAGUUGCAGAGGUGCACUAGGGCUUCAAAGCGCUAG